AUGGAAAGUGUUAAUGCUUGCUGGACGAGCUUCAGCCUCUCAUCCAGAGUGAUGGAUGGCAUCCUUGCCAUCCUUUGUGGAGUAGGGAUCUUCCUUCUCUUACUCCCUUUCCUCCCGAGUGAACCAGCCAUACCACAAUGUAGGAAGCACAGACACAUCAGCAAGCAUCAAAAAGAGCCCACAGAAAGGACCAAGAAGGCCAAGAAACCUGAGGCUCUGAAUGAUGACCUGAAACAAUUGAAGAGGACUCAGAACCUGAUUGCAUGUCCACAAAGCAUGGAGUGGACGUGCCAGGACAAGGGCAGCCUUUGUCCACUCCCUGUUGAAAACGGACAGUGCAAAGCAGUGUCUGCAGGAACGCAGAGUCCAUUAGGACAGCGUGCUCCUGCUCGAUCUCCAGCAACACCCACAGCUCCUCUGACAGAGGACACACUAUGUCCUCAGCUCUCUGCCUUUGGAUCAGGCCCCCAAAGAGAUGCAGUCUCUCGUACUUCAGAUCCGUCCCAGAGGGAUUCUCAGCCACCACCUACCCUUGCACUGGGGUGCCCUUCACAUCAGCUCACAUUCUCCCCUCCCCCACUACACCUGCCUCAUUCAGAGACCUCUCCUCCCACUCUCCAGCCUAAUCCUGCAUCACAAUGGGAGAGACCAACUCAGAGUCCUGCCCAGUGUCACUCACUGGCACUUCCACUGGCCACUGUGCCACAGAGCUCCUCCCUAUAUCCCCCUUGGCCGGCUUCUCGGGCCCGAAUUAUCUCAGGCAUUGGCCACUCAACCUGCACAGUGUCAACCUUUUCCUCGUGCAAUGAAACAGCCCAAACCUUGUCCUUGUGCCUCCCCCCACCUUCAUCCCAGGAGUCCCAGCAUGAAGAUAUUUCCUGUCCCACACCCCGAGGGUUGGUCUGUGGUGGGCCCACAAACAGGCAGAAAGACUGUAAGAGUCUCUCUUUAAUCAAGUCAGGCAAUGUGGCAUCAAGAUCAGAGCAAGAAAUCAAGACUAUCAAAGAAAGUGGAACAAAUUUAGAACAAACGAUUCCAGACAACCACAUGGGGACUAAGAUGACAUCACUGAGUGCUGAGACGAAGACCCGAGCUGCAUCGCCAUCCUGGAGCACCACAGGCCAGUCAGAACAGCUUCCCAGCUCUCAACAACUCUCAGAGCCCAAGGACUCGGGAGACAAUGUGCAUCAGGAAUAUAAACAGCUUUUCUGGGGUCUUCCCUCUCUACACAGUGAAUCGCUAGUGGGUACUGCCUGGCUUUCCAAGAACUCUUCCUAUCUCCUGUUUAAUGGUAUGGUGGGUACCUCCACAGGGAAAAUGCAUCCAAAUAUCUCCCUACUAUUUUCCCAAGCAAAACCACGAUGCCCUCUGCUAAGUCAAUCACAACACUUAAGUGGAAACCUAAGUCUGUGCCAGCCUCCUCCUAUAGCUCAGAUUAAGGCCAAACUUUCUGUCCAAAACAUACCACCUUCUUCUCCACUCCAGAAAGCAGAUUGUGAAGAUACUGCUUCUUCAGCAGAACAUAAAGUAAGAUUCCUCACUCAAUUCGGUAGUCCACACUCAGAAUGGCCCUUGUUGCGGGAAUUAGAAAGUGGGUGGAGUUUGCCUCCUGCAGCAGAAAGAUCUCAGCAAAUUUUUAGUGUCUGCAGUUCCAGCUCUCCCAAAGAUAAUUUGGUGGCCUCCAUCCUUCCCGAAUAUUUUCCAGUAAGUUCUGAACUCCGGGACCAGCUGGAGAACCAUCUGCAGAAAUGGCUCAUCCAACACCAGUGGGAACUGUCCCACAGGAUCCAAGAGAGUCUAGAACUAAAACGGCAGCAGGGAACUAGAGCCCAGACAGGCCAGGUAGAGAAUAAGGCUGGCAACUUAAAAGCCUCUGCACUGACUGGUGAAAGCAGCAACAAUACACAGCACAGCAAGUACCUGGCACAGGGUCCGGGGUCUAAAGAAGACUCAGGAAGUUCCAGAGAGAUUUUGGUGGCGAAACGUGAGGAGUCAGACUCUGACUCAGGUCUUUCCAGCAGUGAAUCUGAAAGUGACAUAUUGAGGACCCUAACUCCCAAGGUGGAGCGAACCCUGAGAAACCAUUUUGUCAGGAAGUAUGGGAAGACAUAUGAGGGUUUAAUCCCUGUCAGAGUGGCUCGAUCCUGGCUUGAAGUGAGUGAUGCUGGCUGGAUUCCUGGUGGCCACGUGAAAAAGAACCGCCAAAUCUUAAAACAGUGUGAAAACUGUAGAAACACUUCUGAGAGAGCUGAGUUCCUGGAUUCAUUAACACGAUCGCUCCUAGAAGCACACAUUGUUAAACUUUUGGUCAAACACAGAUGGGGACUACCACACAAACUAAUCAAGGCCAUCAAUCUUUUUGGCUUAAAGGGUCAACCUUCAUCCAACCCAAAACUUGCAUCUCCUCACUCAGCCACUUGUGCAUCUGGUAUGCAUUCAAGGGUCAAAUGUGUGAACUUUGAGGGAGAAUUUCCACAGUACCAUGUAGGAGAGGAGCUAAAACAUAAAGAAGUUUCCAUUCCAGAGAGGCCAGCCCAGGCACCCUCUCCUGUGUCUGAGAAAAUCCAGAAGGUGUGUGGAGAGAUCUCAUUUGCUGGCAACCAUGACUCCACGGGGAUAUCUCUGUCCAGGCCCACUAAGGACAGUCAGCCAACUGAAUCCUUCACAUCCAGCCUCAAGGCCAGACACUGGCAGAGUGGAUCUGUAGAUAGUGCUCAGAAGGAAAGCUCAGAGUUGAAUCCAAGUUCAAGGAAUGGAUCAAGAACAGAGAGUAUCAAUUGGGUGUCACAGGGUCCUUGCCAUAGGGAACAAACAGUGGCGAUGAAAUUAGGAACUUUGAGGGCCAAAGAGACCACAGGGAGAGUUGAGGCCAAGGAGUCAACUGCUUCUCAAUCACAGAGUAAAGCCACACUGGAAUUGUGUUUGCAAAAAACAACCAAUAUUACAAAUAUGCCCAAGAGGGCUAAUGAAUAUCCACAAACCAGUCCAGACCCUUUAUUCCCUAAAUUACCAGUUUUUCAGCAUCCAGAAGGUCCAUGCCUUAACACAGGUGCUACAAGUGUGUUCAACUCCAUGUCAGAGUAUCAUCCUGGAGAAUAUCCCAAACGAGUUCUUCAGAGAGCACAGGACUUGCCUUCUUGUGUUCCCCAGUACCACAUCCCAAGAAACCCCACUGGAGACCAGUUAGCUCGCCCAUUGCAAGGUGUCUUAAAAAGAGACCAAAGGAACACACGGGAAACCAAUGCUAAAAAGCAAGCCUUGGGACCGCAGCAGGAGGAAGGCGUCCAGAAUCAGGCCAUAGCAGGAAAGGUGCAAAAAAGAUUCUCGUGCUCAAUAACCCUACGGGAGUGGCUCUCCACCCAGACGAGAUCCGAAGGGGCAGCACACAAAAUGGCUCCUCUGUUCCUCAAAGACUAUGAUCCCAGAGGCCUACUAACGACUUUUGGCACUCAGCGGCUUCUUACAGAAAUGCAUCUAGACUGUGAUCUGAGCUUUGACCCCAUGCCGCCAUGGAAGGGAAAAGGUUUUUCUCUCUCGGCCUUUUCUUUCCAUGGCGUCAGUGGCUGCAUGGAGACCGAGAUCUUAUAG